AUGCUAUCAUCUUGCAUGAGAGAAGCCUCCCUUGAAGUCAUCAGUGGUUGUUUUUCCACCACCUUCACUGAGCCCAAGAAACCAAAGAAGCAUCCCGCUAGCACUGCUGGGUCCUCGUGCUUAGAUUUUUCCAUGGCCGCUCUCUCUCUAUUCCCAAGCAUCCAAUUCACAAACCAUGAAUCCCUGCCUUCCCUUGCAGAUGCCUUAUUUAAUUUCAACAGAGUGUAUCCAAAGCAUGCUGAGAGUGAACAAGCCGAUCGCAUCAGAGACAGCGAGUACUACCACCUCUCCACCCUCACCUGCCUCGACUACACCGGGAUCGGACUCUUCUCUCAUGCCCAAUUUCACUCGUCAACUUGUCUCUCUUAUCCUCCAACUCGGCCCUCAUCAUCUCUUUCACAACCCACCUUUUUCAGCAUCGCUCACAAGCCAGCAAGCUUGAAAUCUCUGGUGCGAUAUGGGUAUCAAGAGACCGCUCUGGAGUCAGCAAUCCGGAGAAGAAUAAUGGGAUCCCUCAACAUAUCAGAUGAUGAAUACAGUAUGGUUUUUAUUGGUAGUAGGGCUUCUGCUUUCAAGCUGCUGGCAGAAUCCUAUCCAUUUCACUCCAACAAGAGGCUCUUGACAGUUUAUGACCAUGAUAAUGAGGCAGUGAGCGAAAUGGUGGAGUGCGCCACAAAGAGAGGAGCCAGAUUCACGUCUGCCAGCUUCUCUUGGCCAAGUCUUAGAAUUCACUCUGCAAAAUUGAGCAAGAUGAUCACAGAGAGCAAGAAGAAGAAGAGAGGCUUGUUUGUCUUCCCACUACAGUCUCGGUUGACCGGGGCCAGGUAUCGUUAUAAAUGGAUGAGCCUUGCACAAGAAAAUGGCUGGCAUGUGGUGCUGGAUGCAUGCGCACUUGGGCCGAAGGAGAUGGAUGCCUUGGGGCUUUCUCUGAUCCAGCCAGACUUCAUUGUCUGUUCUUUCUUUAAGAUCUUUGGAGAGAAUCCAUCUGGAUUUACGGGUCUCUGUAUCAAAAGAUCCAGCAGUGCAAUAUUGGAGGCCUCAACAACAACCACGAGUAUAGGCUUAGUGAGCAUCAUCCCGCCAAGAUGCCCAUCUCAGAUUGACCAUGAUACAUCCAGUACAGAAUUUGAGGUUUAUCGCUCCAUCAGCGCAGAAAUCACAGGCUCAUCCUAUGGUCAAUUACCUGCUAAGAUCUCUGACGGCUCUGCUCAUUCAGAUAAUAGGUUAAAUGACAACCAUUUGUGUUUGAAAGAAAAGCAAAUUGAGAGGCAUAAGCAGGGUGAAGCCUCAGAAAGAUGUGAAAGGAUGGUUACUGGAGUAGGAAAAAAGGGAGAACCGUCUGAAAUCUUGCAAUUAGAUAAUACCACAACCAAUGCCAGAGAAUUGAACAAGACCAUAGAGAUUGAAUGCAGAGGCCUGGAUCAUGCCGACUCCAUGGGUCUGCGACUCAUCGGUAACAGACUAAGAUACAUCAUUGAUUGGUUAGUGAUUGCAUUGAUGAAGCUACAACAUCCUCACUCAGAAAACGCCCAUCCUUUGGUCAGAAUCUAUGGACCUCGAAGAAAAUUUGACAGGGGGACGACAGUUGCGUUCAACGUGUUUGAUUGGAAAGGAGAGAAGGUUGAGCCUACUCUUGUACAGAAGCUUGCUGAUAGAAGCAGCAUAUCUCUGAGUUGUGGAUUUCUACAGAACAUCUUGUUCCCAGAUAAAAAUGAAGAUAAGCAUGUGGUCAUGGAGAGAAGAGUCUGUAAGAUAACAACUGCAGGUGACAGAGUGAAGGAGAAGACAGAAUGGGGGAUAACUGUGGUUAACGCUUCAUUCGGUUUCCUCAACAAGUUUGAAGAUGCUUACAGGCUUUGGGCUUUUGUUUCCAAGUUCCUGGAUGCAGAUUUUGUUGAGAAGGAGAAAUGGAGAUACAUGGCCCUUGACCAGAAAUUGAUUGAGGUUUGAAGAAAAUGAAAAAUAGCAACAGCUAUCACACCAAUUGUAAGUGUCUUCAUGUAGAAUGUCAUUUGCUGGCGUUAUUUACUUUAGCCAAUAAACCUCAUUGUUUGCAUCAACAA